CGGGGCCGGGAGCAGCGGCGCAGUCGCGGGCGGGCUGUGCUUCUGCCGCCAUCUCGCCAUGGCUCGCGAGUUCGAGCUGUGCCCCGGGCGGCGCGUCGGCGGCGACCAGCCCUGCUUCAUCAUCGCCGAGAUCGGGCAGAACCACCAGGGCGACCUGGACAUCGCCAAGCAAAUGAUCCGCAUGGUCAAGGACUGUGGAGCAGACUGUGCUAAGUUCCAGAAGAGUGAACUGGAGUACAAAUUCAACAAGAAAGCCUUAGAAAGGCCCUACACCUCUAAACACUCCUGGGGAAAGACUUACGGGGAACACAAGCGCCACUUGGAGUUCAGUCAUGACCAAUAUAGAGAGCUAAAGAAGUAUGCAGAGGAGAUUGGCAUUUUCUUCACAGCAUCUGGCAUGGAUGAGAUGGCUGUGGAAUUUCUACAUGAACUGGAUGUUCCAUUUUUCAAAGUAGGAUCAGGAGAUACAAAUAAUUUUCCAUAUUUGGAAAAGACUGCAAAGAAAGGUCGCCCAAUGGUGAUUUCCAGUGGGAUGCAGUCGAUGAACACAAUGCAUCAGGUUUAUCAGAUUGUGAAGCCCAUAAAUCCAAACUUCUGCUUCCUGCAGUGCACCAGUGCAUACCCUCUUCAGCCAGAGGACGUCAAUCUCCGUGUUAUAUCGGCAUAUCAGUCAGCUUUUCCUGAUAUCCCCAUUGGCUAUUCGGGACAUGAAACUGGCAUAGCCAUUUCAGUGGCAGCUGUUGCUAUGGGUGCUAAAGUACUGGAACGCCACGUGACUCUCAACAAAACAUGGAAAGGAAGCGACCACCAGGCAUCUCUGGAGCCAAAUGAACUGGCGGAGUUAGUGAGAGCCAUCCGUACUGUGGAAAAAGCAAUGGGUUCUCCAGUCAAACAGCUCUUGCCCUGUGAAAUGGCUUGCAAUGAAAAGCUGGGAAAGUCAGUAGUGGCAAAAGUGGCAAUCCCUGAAGGUGCAGUGUUGACACUCGAUAUGCUGACUGUGAAGGUGGGAGAGCCAAAGGGAUUUCCCCCAGAAUGCAUCUUUGAUCUGGUGGGCCAGAAGGUUAAAAGAACUAUUGAAGAAGAUGAAACCAUCACCGAGCAAGUAAUGGAAAAUCAUGUAAAAAAAGUGAAGUGCUAAACCAAAGCAAUCUAUUCCACAUUUCUCAGUUACUACCAUGCAAUGUGUUUGAGAAUAGCAGCAUGGUAGAUUAGAAGAAAGGGGUGUAAUUAUGAGGGUGAAAACAGGAUAGAAUUUUCAGGUUCUUGUUAGCAGGAAGUUUCAGAAGCAAGGGGAUAUAAAUUAUGAAGAUUUUAUUAGCAACUGUAUAGCAUUGUGCCUAGGAAAUGCCAUGAUCCUCUCUUCUCCAUUUCACUUAACCUAGAUUAAUUUGGAGUUCUGCCAAAUAAAAGACCACAGUCUGCUGCUUUCCAGCUUCCUUUUUCUGUUAAGAAUACAGUAAAUUAUGAGAAUUUUGUCUACACUUUGAUUUGUUCUAGCCCUGUAUCUUUUGAUACUCCUCUCUUUUCUACCAUUUGCCUCACCCCUGUGAUAGCAGGACUCUGGUUGGAGUUGAAUAUAGAUUAGUGAAUCUGUACUUUUUUCAUGGAGCAGAAAACUACAAAUGCAACCUGGAUGGAUUUUUUUUUUUUAAGAUGAAAGUCUUAAAAGUGUCAUGAUAAAGCAGUGGGUUGCAGCAAUCUAUAUUCUGUGGGAAAAUUAGCUUCUUGAGAAAGCUAAGUUCUUAAGAAACAGUACCAGGAAGGGAAGCAUAGGGAUAUUUAGAAAGGUCCCAUUUAAGGGGAAAGUGAGCCUUUUCUGAACUGAAAGGCCAAAAGACAAGCCAGAGAGAUUGAGCAGGGAAGAAAAGUAGAUCUGAAAUGAAUCAGUGAAAAUAAGUUUAACUUAUGCUUCAGAAAUUCUGAAAAGCAUCUGUUGCAACUUGAGUGAAGUCUGGAAUAUUAAGUUGAUUCUGCAGAGCAUUUGGAUGCCUCUGUUGGACCUGGGGGGCAGAUUCUUAGGUAGGAAGCCAAAUACUGGUGAAGUUUGAGCAGCUUUUUUUUUCUUUUUUGUACUAAUCAGCAAAUCCUCUACACUGGGAUUUUUCUCCCAACAUUGGUGUGUGAGAUGGCUGAGGCUGACUGCCUGACUACAUCACACCAGUUUGCUUCAGCCUGAUGGUCAGUACAUGAUUUGUGUGGUCUGCUCUUGCAUCCCAGCUUCUCACUUUUCAAGUGAGAAAUGCAAUGCCACUCCUGUCGCCUGCUGCUUUUCCCUUUGACCAGAAGGGAGCUGUAUAGCAGAAGCUGCAAACCAUUCAUUCUUCAACUACCUUGCUUAGCACAGAACUACUUUGUAAUAAUUAAUCUGCUUUUUUUCUGUGGUGAAUCAUACUAGUGAUGGUUACUUGGAACUUGCUACCUUUUUGUCAUGAGUUGAUGAAGUAUCUUGAAUUUGGUGGUGAGUGGUUUUGUACCUAUAAACUGUUUACUUUCAAUAUGUUUACCCUUGUGCAAUUCUGAGGAAAAUGUAUUCAUAUCUUUAAAUGGGGAAGUAGAGAUUGUCAUAGACAACCACAUAUGGUUGACCAUAUGUGAGCUGUGACUGAUGCAAUAUGCUUGCCUUACAUUAAAAAACUACUCAAUUGUUAAAAGACUUUUUUUUCAUUUCAAAUUUGAAAAAUAAAUUUAGCUUAUAAAACAA